AUGCGGAGCGCGCCGAGCCAGUGCGCGGUAACGCGCGCCCUGGUCCUAGCCGGUCUCUGGCUGGCAGCAGCCGGGCGCCCCCUAGCCUUCUCGGACGCGGGGCCUCACGUGCACUACGGCUGGGGUGAGCCCAUCCGCCUGCGGCACCUGUACACCGCCGGCCCCCACGGCCUCUCCAGCUGCUUCCUGCGCAUCCGAGCCGACGGGGGGGUUGACUGCGCGCGGAGCCAGAGCGCGCACAGUUUGGUGGAGAUCAGGGCAGUCGCUCUGCGGACCGUGGCCAUCAAGGGCGUGCACAGCGUCCGGUACCUCUGCAUGGGCGCCGACGGCAGGAUGCAAGGGCUGCUUCAGUACUCUGCUGGGGACUGUGCCUUCCAAGAGGAGAUCCGCCCCGACGGCUACAACGUGUACCGGUCCGAGAAGCACCGUCUCCCUGUCUCUUUGAGUAGUGCCAUACAGAGGCAGCUGUACAAGGGCAGAGGGUUUUUGCCCCUGUCCCAUUUCUUGCCCAUGCUGCCCGGCAGCCCAGCAGAGCCCAGGGACCUCCAGGACCACGUGGAGUCGGAGAGGUUCUCUUCACCCCUGGAAACAGACAGCAUGGACCCUUUUGGGAUUGCCACCAAAAUGGGGUUAGUGAAGAGUCCCAGCUUCCAAAAGUGA